AUAUGUUUGAUCACGUGUAUGACAACCAUGCGGUUGUCAUAGCAAUGGAAUAUUUUGACAAUACAUACUUUGACAGUUGUCGAAUGUGAUAUAAUAACGUAAUGUCGACUGUACGCUAUAUUAUGUUGCAUAAAUAAUUAUAUUAAAAAUCGAUUAAUAAUAAUAAUAAUUUAAUCAUGAGCUCGAUUUUUGGAAGUGGCGAUAAAACCGACAACAUUGUUAUAUUUGACGUCUCAAAAAAUGAAAGAAAAUUGAACGACGAAUUCAAAGUACUUCAGCGAAAAUUGAAAGCAAAGUGGAAAUUUGUAGAAAAUAAUGAUGUGAUAUCGCAAGAAUUAUUGGCAAGUGCCAAGAUCUUAGUAUUACCAGGACCAUUAGGUAAAUUUACCGAGCUUGAAAUGAAUUCCAUUAGAACUUUUUUGAAUUCUGGUGGCAGUGUUCUUGUCACACUUGGGGAAGGUGGUGAAAACAAAUCUAACACAAAUAUCAAUUUUUUGUUAGAAGAAUUUGGCAUAAUGGUAAAUAAUGAUAGUGUAGCGCGCAUGAGUUACAGUCAAACAAUGCAUCCUAAGGAAUCUCUAAUAUGUCAAGGCUUGUCAAAUAAAUCUAUAUUUUUAAAGAAUCAUGAUGAGUGCAUUGAUAUGAAAUUUUUAUAUCCUUAUGGUGCAACAUUAAAUGUAGUGCAACCAUCUGUUGUUGCUUUGUCCAGUGGAUCAAUUGCUAUUCCGAUGAAUAGACCCAUUUGUGCCUAUCACUGCGUAAAAACCAGUGGUGGAAAAUUGGUUGUGUUAGGUUCAUCCAGAAUGCUAACAGAUACUUAUAUAGAAAAGGAGAAUAAUGAUGCUUUGCGUGAAAUGAUUUUUGAUUUUUUUGAAUUGGAUAUCACAGGGAUAGUGGAUCUUAACACAGACGAUGUAGAAUUUUGGGAAUAUAACUUUGUGCCAGAUUUAACACAACAGGCAGAUAAUCCAAAAGUUUGUACACAAGAUUUGGACAAUAUCGAUAUUCCUCGCGAGUACACCAAGUUAUUUAAACAACAUUUUUAUUCCGUAAAUUUGAACAUGGUACCAGCAUGUAUAAAAUCAUAUGAAGCUUUGGGAGUGAAACAUGAACCGCUCACUUUAAUUCCACCUCAUUUUGAGGCACCUUUACCUCCUACGCAAGCUUCAGUAUUUCCCCCAAGUUUUCAAGAAUUACCACCACCUGCUUUAGAACUGUUUGAUUUAAAUGAAGCAUUCAGUUCUGAUUUCUUGAAACUGUCGCAGCUCACUAACAAAUACAUGGUGACGAAAGAUUUGUCAAAUGAUAAGGAACUAGAACAUUAUAUCAGAGAAUUUGGAAGUAUUGUAAUAAGGAUAAAUAAUUCCGAUACGCGCACCUAUACCGCUAAAGAAGUAUUGAAUUUCAUUUUUCAGAAAAUUUGCAGUUACAAAGCGACGCAUGAUUGAAAUCCUUGUACAGAUAGAUAUUAGAAUUUAUCUCUGAUUUUAUAAGACAGUCUAUUAAAAACAUGUUUAA